AUGGCAGACAAACGUCGUUCUUCAUCUAACGAAAAGGGAAAUCGACGAAUACGCGAAACGUAUAAAUGUGAUAGCUGGGUGAAGACAAUCCCCAGUCCAGCUCAGUUCAAAGACUUUCGACGACUACCAGCCAACCCACCGCCAAUGAUCUUCACUCGCGUUCUCCCUCUCUUCGCUCUUGCCCUCAGCUUCACUCUCGGAGCCGUAGCUAAGCCUGUCGCUGAUGCUGGGCUGAUCAAGCGCGCCGACGCCGACACGGCUGAUAUUGCUGCGGUGUUCAAUACUCUCAAGUCCUCAACCGACAGCAUCCUCCCUCAAAUCGAAAAUUUGGUUGAUAGCGGCAACGCUAACAGCGGAAACAUUGUCCCUUUGAUCACCCAGCUUACCACCUCUUUCUCCACCGCGGACGCGUCGCUCACUGAGCUAAAGGGAAAGCCUGGCUCAGGGAAGCCUGGCCCCUCCAAGGAUGAACUCGCCAAGAUCAUCGCGCUUAUUCUCAUUGCGGUUAUUAAAACCCUAACCAAGGUCAUCUUCAAGGUUGGACUUUUCAUCCCGACACUCUCGAUCCUCCUCAUCGCCCUCGACAUCGCUAUCAACAAGCUACUCUUAAGUGUCGACAUUGUCGCCGUUGGCCUCUUGAAGCUCAUCGCUGGAUUGUUGUUCGAGGUGGCUGGGUUGUUGGGCUCCAUCGGCUUCACCCUGGUCUUUGCCCUCCUCAAGCUCCACGGAGGCUGGUAA